UGCUGGUGCAGGGGGUUGUUCCUCCCCAGGUGCAGGACUCUGCACUUGCCCUUGUUGAGCUUCCUGAGGUUCCUUUCCUCCCCAUGCAUCCCUCAGCCCAGAAAGCCUGGAGCACUAACACCACGAGUUCUUGGCUCUCGGGAGUUUCCCCUGCUUGUUCCCAUUCACAGGCAAUGCUCUGUUUCGUAGUGAGGAAACUGAAACUUGGACAUGUGAAAACCAUGGCUGAUCUAACAAGAGCCUUUCCCCCCUCAAUAAUUCACUUCAGCAGUCAGUCAGGAAUGCAGCACAGGAGCUCCAGCACAGCGUGUGUUGCUAUUCACAAGGACUAAAUCAAUCUGACAUGGAGCAGGCUCAGCGCAGCCUGGAUGCAGAGCAGAUGCAGCAGCAGCAGCUGAAGCUGCGGGAGCGGCAGAAGUUCUUUGAGGAGGUUUUCCAGCAUGACGUGGACUACUUCUUCCCUAUAUCCCACCUGCAGAUAGAGCAUCGGAGACCCCCCUUAGGCAGCAUUUCCUCCAUGGAGGUGAACGUGGACAUGCUGGAGCAGAUGGACAUGAUGGACCUGUCAGACCAGGACACUGUGGACGUGUUUCUGGGCUGUGGGACAGAGGAGAGCAGCGUUGCAGGGCCCCUGCCAGGGACAGAUGCCAGCCAGUGCCCAGAGGAAAUCAACCUGCGAGUGCCCAGCGCAGCUGAGAGCAAAUCACGCAUUUCCUCCACUUCCUCUGUCUCCACGGAUCUGAACAGCCUGGACACCAGUGAGGAGGGGGCUGAGACUCCCGUGGUGCAGUCAGAUGAGGAGGACCUGCAGGAGGACAGUCCCAAAGAGGAAGUGUCAAGAAGCUAGCAGCCAGCUCUGCCCUGCUCCCAGCCUCCUCCCUAUGGACCUGCCAGCCCAGAGGAAGAAAAGCUGCUGGCACUCAGUAACCCCCCAUCCUGGACUGCUGCCCUGCAGGAGGGGAGGGAUGGUUUUCCCCUCCUCAGGUUCUCCUGGCAGCCAAAGGAGAAGGAAAGGGGUAUUGUAGACUCCCAAAAUUAACUCUUCAGGCUUUGCUGCUAACACUUUCUGCUUCACUGCCCUGAAACGCUCAGCAUCCCACAGCCCCACCAUUCCCAGAAAGCCAUCCCAUAGGAUCCCAGCUCCCUCAUCCCACUGACAAAGGUCCUGUCCAGACAGCACUUAACAGCAGCAUACAGAGAAAUAACAGUCCAGUCUAACCAA